CUAGUACGUACGAUCUUUUAUAGCAACAUUGCUGGCCGUGCACUACUCAUCCUUUCUCUAUUUUUCUAUACAAUCACAAAAACACAUAAACAGAGAGAGAGAGAGAGAGAGAGAGAGAGAGAGAGAGAUAUGGAGGAGAGAAUUAGCAAAGUAUGUGUAACUGGAGCUUCUGGGUAUAUUGGAUCGUGGCUUGUGAAGAAGCUGUUGGAAAAAGGCUACCAGGUUCAUGCCACAAUCAGAAACUUGGGAGAUAAGUCCAAGUGUGGGCUAUUGAAGAACAUUCCAGAAUCAGAAGGAAGGCUCUCUCUGUUUGAGGCUGACAUAUAUGACUCCAAAUCUUUUGAACCAGCAAUCAAAGGUUGUGAUUUUGUUUUCCUUGUGGCCACUCCACUCCAGCACAGCCCCUGCAGCUCUCAGUAUAAAGACACCACAGAAGCUGCGGUUGAUGCGAUCCACACAAUCCUACGGUUGUGCGACGAAUCGGGUUCGGUGAAGCGGGUCAUCUACACGGGCUCAGUCACGGCCGCUUCCCCCUUGAAAGAAGAUGGCACCGGAUUCAACAACUUCAUCGACGAGUCAUGCUGGACUCCGCUCGAUGUCUCGUACGCUCACUCCGAGGAUCACGAGAAGGCCUACGUAUCUUCGAAAACCCUUUCGGAAAAGGCCGUGCUAAGCUACAACGACGACAGACGAUCAAAAGGGUCGAAACUGGAGGUGGUGAGCCUAGCAUGCGGCCUCGUCGGCGGCGGCGACACGAUCCUUCCGUAUACGCCGUUGAGCGUACGCGUCAUCGUCGCGCCGCUGACGGGCGAGGAGAUUUGCCACAGGCAACUGAUGUUCCUGCAGGCAUUGCUAGGCUCGGUUCCGUUGAUUCACAUUGAUGAUGUCUGUGAGGCCCACAUUUUCUGCAUGGAGAGGCCUUCUAUUGCUGGUAGGUUCCUUUGUGCUGCAGGUUACCCUGCAAUGCAAGAGUGUGUGGACUACUUUGUGAAGGAGUUUCCGGGGAUCAAAUUGAUCAUUAAAGAGGUCGAAGGAGAGGGAGCAAGAGUGGAGCCUAAAUCACAAAAACUCGUGGAUUUGGGGUUCAGAUAUCGCUACAGCGUGGAGGAAAUAUUAAACGAAAGCGUGAGAUGCGCCCGGAAGAUGGGGAGUCUUAAGAAAAUGGACUAGGAGAUGAUCGUACACAUUCAUUUUAUGAACAUUCAUGAAUCUGUUUAUGUUAGAAAAUUGUCUACGGAAAAUGAUUGUGAUUUGUGUUUAUGUUGCAGUGUAGACGCAUUAUGUGUGGAUGUUGUUCUCUUUUUCUUUUAUUGAGCGAAAAGUUGUUUGUUAUC